UCCAAUACUUCCUUUUUAGCGCAUAGGAAUUGGCUAAAUUAUUGAACGAAUAGAGAACAUUCUUUUGCGAAUGAAAGAGGUAACGACUAGUUUCGAGAGGUUAUGAGAUUUAGUUAUGGUUUGCUAAUAUCUAAUAGACAAAGAUGUUGGAGGAAAUUUGAUGAAUUUAUGAUAUAGUUCAAGCUGUAAAGAGAUGGCUGAAGGUCGUAUUGGACUUGUUGAGUCAGAGUCUUCACCUGAGGCAAGGCAAAGCAGUUCAUUCAGUCAUUACACUCCAAGUCAAUUGGCAAAGAUUUCUGAUGAGACCUGUAGACUUAUGGACUUGCUUGGAUAUGGAGAACUUAUCAGACAGGCAAGGAGAUAUGGUUACAGGAUAAGGGACAGACUUAUGGAUGUAUCUUUUGGCCAUGCGUUUUAUAUGAUCACUUCGGGUAGCAAGGGAGAGGGUCUGGCGAAUAUGUAUGAGAGUGAUAUAGACCUGUUAGCUGUCUUACGUGACGUCGUGUGUUUAGAAGAUGGUUUAAAUGACGGUACACUUCCAAGGGUGAUGACCGUAUUUAUUUUGAAUUUCGGUUUGUGUUAUCCGGGUCAUUGUAAACUGCUUUUAUGUAAACGAGGUCAAAGGAUAAGGCCAAUAUUGCAAAAUGCCUUAGUUGAAGAUGGAUAUGGGGGCGCUCUUUUGAGCAGUGAUUUAUUCUAUAGAAAUUGUGAGCAUGAUUACAUGGAUGAUGACAUGGAUGUAGAAUUUCAACGCAAUCAACGUGCCGGACCGUCGUUACCAUUUACAUGUUUUGGACUCUUUAAAAUGGACUUCGUAUAUUGCUUGCCCUGUCUCUGUCCAAGUAUACUGAAUAGAUGGGCUGCAAGAUCCCGGCAUUGGCCUCCAACGCAUGUAGUUCAGAAAGUCGUAUCUAUGGGAGCGUUUGUUACUCCGGUUGCAUAUCAAGGAAGUGAGUAUAAACACGUAGAGUGGCGUCUUUGUUUUAAUACUGGUGAAAUGGAGCUGUUGUGCAACCUCAAUGAUGUACAAAUUAAAGUAUAUGUUAUUUUAAAAAUGAUCUUAAAAGAUGUAUUGAAACCUAAAAAUAAAGAAAUAACAUCGUACAUGGUGAAAAACGUUGUACUAUGGUUGGCAGAGAGAAGCCAAAAUUCAUUGUGCAAUGAAAAAAGUUUAUUCAAUUGGUUGCGUGAAGGAUUAAUUUUUCUUAGAAACGCAAUAGUCACUAUGCAUUUACCAUGUUACAUUAUACCAGAGAGGAACCUAUUGGCAGCAUGUGGAAUGAGAGAAGAUCUACAACAUACAUGGAUAACAAUUAUGAAAGAAAUGAUAGAAGAAGGUCCCAGGAUAUUAUUACGACUGCCGAAAAUGAGGAGAGCUAUUAUCGCUCACCCUGAGCCUCUGUUUUUGUAUUACAGGAUGAAAACUGAGUUGGAGUUGUUAUUCUUGAUGUGCACCAACAGAUUCAUCAAAUACAUAAAUGACGAUGUUGAUGACAGUGAAGGUGACCGUUUUAUCGAAGAGUUUAACAUAUGCCUUGGGUUGAUAUUAAGCCCUGUCCUUCCUCUGUUGAACGUUGAUUGGAAUAUUGAUAUUGAUAAGAGAGGUUCUGCUUUAAUUGAUAUUUUAGCCGGACUAUUAAUGUAAAAUGUCUUAAAUGUUGUUAAAGCGAAAACAUUUACUAUAACCGUUAAUUCAUGAAAAUAAUAAUUGUGUUGUUCUUAUUUUGUGAAACAUAUUUGCAAAUGACAUUUUGACAUUACUAGUAAAUAUAUAUUUGCUAUUGCCAACGCGAUAAAGUACAAGCACAGUUGAGAGGCAAUGCUUAUUAAAUAAAUGUUUAUUGCAGCUUGCACUGUGUAAGUGAAAACAGUUUAGUACAUGUCGAAGGAUAUCAUGGUCCGAUUUUUGGGUUUGUGGAAACAAUAUUGAAUAUCGGUGAAUUCUAUGGAAAAAUGUAAAAAUCCCAUACUUGUUUGCAAUAAAAUUGCAUCGAUUAUUGCAAAUCGAAUCUGCGAAAAUACUUUUGCCAAUCCAGAAUACUAUUGUAUUGCAGUGCUGAUUUUAAAGUCGUCAAAAUCAAUUAUCAACACGUUACAAUAUUAUAAAUAUAAAGACUGGAAAGACAGAUACACAUUGACGAUAAUUGUUGAUAAAGUGAACAUUUGAAUGCAUUACCCUCUGCAUUAAUUACAUAGAGGUUAUUUUUAAUUAGUUUGUGAUUACAAUAAUUACCCUAAAAAAGAGGUUAUAAUGCAUCGACAAUAAACACGUCAUAUUGUACAAAAAUAAAAUACAUAUACCUUUGUAUAAUUGUAAAACUUUUUUUAAAUGUUAAUUAAGCAGCAUUGAUAAAACUUUGCUAAAGAAACAUGCAUGUAUGUUGUAAUAUAAUUAAUUUUUCGAAAGUGAAAUGUUUUCUCAAAUUACUCGAUUAUAGUUUACACAUCAACUAAUAUUUCAUAUCAAUUGUUCGUGUGACUAUUCCUUGAUAUAACACACCAUAGCAUUUGUUGACGAUAAAACUGCCCAGGAACUAUAAAAUUUACUUUACUAUUUGCACUAUCUUAAUCGUGACUACGUAUCGCGAGAAAGAGAAAGUAAGAAUAUAAACAUUUGAUAUAUAGUUAUUGCUUUCUAUUCAGUUUAUCACUUUGUAUCCAUGUAAAUAUACGGGCAAAAUGUAUACAUGUGUUAUUAUGUCCUGUGCAUGUUUAACUAUGCAUCGAUAAGCGUGAUGCGAUAUCAGAUCAGGUCUACCAAAGGGAGUACCUGGUUAAGAGCGUUUUGAUUAUUUGCAGGAUACAAUCUCUUGAAUAUUUAUGUUAUAUUUCUUAGCAAUUGAAGAAAAUACACAUUUACUUGAACACCUAAAUGACACAUGCAUUUUGUGGUUGUAAUUAAAGAAUGAGGACUCCUCUCCUGCCUUGCAAUU